AUGGAGGGCGAUGUGCGUGUUCGCGCAGUGGUGAUGACACGUGAUGACUCCAGUGGCGGUUGGGUGCCCCUUGGAGGUGGCGGCCUCAGUCAUGUGGUGAUAUGUAAAGGGCGGAGUCAUGACGGCAGGGGGCGGAGAGAACACAUCAUACGUGGAGAACGGCUGCGAGAUCGAGCACCGGUGUUGGAGUGUGCAGUGGAAAGGGGGUUGGUGUACAAUAAGGUGAACCCCAUCUUCCAUCACUGGCGAGUAGAAGAUCGAAAGUUUGGCCUUACGUUCCAGAGCCCUGCCGAUGCCAUCUCCUUUGAGAAAGGGCUACAGCUUGUCAUAGACAAGCUCAACAGAGGGUCUGACUCGCCCUCGUCCUCCACACCGGAAGAGGCCGACACUGAAGACGAUGGACAAGCUUCUCAUACAGGAAGUGAGUCGUCGUCUAACAGCAGAAAGGAGAUGCUUCCCAAACCCAUCACCAUAGUGACAAGCGAGUCCUCAUCUACCUGUUUUGUACGGUCGGAAGAAUUCAAUUUUGGAUCCAGCCAUGCUCUCACAACUCAGACACCUGCUCAGAUCCACACCAGGCCUGGACAGCACGAGCUCUCACAAAUGACGGCUUUGUUAAAUCCGCCAACGCCCCCACCUCUUGCUCCACCGACUCCUCCUGUGGGUCAACCAGCCUCCUCUCCUCUGUCCCCACUUUCACCCACCAUUUCUCUGCUGGAGGAGGGGGACCUACGCAGUGUGGAUCCUUGCAAAGACCUGUGGGGUUCUCGAGGUUAUGAGGACUACCGACGGGCGGGGGCCACUCGGACUAUGAUUGGGGGGCUGACCGGGGGCGUGGUGGUCAGUGGAAGAGGGAGUCUGCAGGACAAGUCAGAGCUGUGCGUGGUUCGCUUUGAGAAGGAUCUGGCGGGAGUGGGGACGACCGGCUGCGACGUGACAGUGAGCCUGGACAGCAAAGCUUCCCGGCGGCUCUCCUCGUCCUCGCCCACCUGCAUGUCCAUGCCCAACGCGGUGUCCGGCUCCUCCUCCGCGGCCGGCUCGCCCCAAGAGACGUGCAAAGGAUCGCCCCCUCCAUGCUGCAUCCACACCUCACUGGCCACGCCCCGCUCGCGGACUCGGAAGAGAGGAGGAGGGGCCAGCAGCGGCGGCAGCGACCCGGGGGUCGUGACCCCGGACGACGACAGCCCGUGUCCUCAGGGGUCGUCGUCGUGCUCGUCCCGCUGCGUGUACUGCCGCUCCGUGUUCAGCUCUUCGGAGAACGGGCGGGGUCGCUGCAGAGAUGCCCCAGACCCGGCCCUGCACUGCCUGCGCCAGUGGACCUGCGUGUGGUGCGCAGAGAGUCUGCUCUACCACUGCAUGUCGGACUCCGAGGGGGAGUUCUGGGAGCCUUGCUCGUGUGAGGACUCGUUGGGGGGCCACCCGCACCCCCUUUGCUGCGCCCGCUGGUUGGCCCUCCUGGCCUUGUCGCUCUUCGUGCCCUGCAUGUGCUGCUACGUGCCUUUGCGCGCCUGCCUGCGGUGCGGGGAGAGGUGUGGCUGCUGUGGGGGGAAGCACAAGGCGGUCCGAUGA